GCGUCGCUGCGGGCGGAAGUGGCGCCGCUGGUUUGAAAUCCGCCGAGCCGGGUGUCUCCCCGGGGCCGGAGCGGCCGCCCAGUGCCAUGUCCACCCCUCCGCUGGCGCCCGGGGGCAUGGCGUCCGGGCCCUUCGGCGGCCCGCAGGCGCAGCAGGCGGCGCGGGAGGUCAACACGGCCACGCUGUGCCGCAUCGGGCAGGAGACGGUGCAGGACAUCGUGUACCGCACCAUGGAGAUCUUCCAGCUGCUCAGGAACAUGCAGCUGCCAAAUGGUGUCACCUACCAUACUGGAACUUACCAAGACCGGUUAACAAAGCUACAGGACCAUCUUCGCCAACUUUCUAUUCUCUUCAGGAAGCUGAGGUUGGUCUAUGACAAGUGUAAUGAGAACUGUGGCGGAAUGGACCCCAUUCCCGUUGAGCAACUUAUUCCGUACGUGGAUGAAGAUGGUUCUAAGAACGACGACCGGGCUGGCCCACCUCGUUUUGCUAGUGAAGAGAGACGAGAAAUUGCAGAAGUAAACAAAAAACUCAAACAGAAGAAUCAACAGCUGAAGCAGAUUAUGGAUCAAUUACGGAAUCUCAUCUGGGACAUAAAUGCCAUGUUGGCAAUGAGGAACUAAACUGACAUUGAAAUCUUGCUCUACUCGUGUGAUACAAUUGGAUUUCUUUCCCCUGCAAGUAUUCUUCCUUUGAGAAGGAUUAUUUAUCUUUUUAUUUUAAUGGCUAGCACUAACAUUCCUGUUUUCACUGUAAAGCAGUCACUGGCUCUUUUUUUUGUGUGUGUGUGCUCUUGUUCUGUAAAGAUUAUAAUAGCCUUUGAUAGGGUUUGAGUUUUGGUUAAUCUUCACAAAUUGAGUAAUUGCUUUUUAAAAGCAAAAUGAGGUUUAAUAAAUAAUUUUUUAAACAUA